CGCUACCGCCCCAUUGAGCUUUAUUCAGUCAGCUUUCAUUGUGUCUAAACUGUCGGCGAGUUUCGCAAACAUAUUUUACUAUACCAGCUACCGGUAUGUCGGGCAGGUCGGUACGCGCGGAGACAAGGAGUAGAGCAAAAGAUGACAUCAAGCGGGUCAUGGCUGCUGUUGAGAAAGUACGAAAUUGGGAGAAGAAAUGGGUGACUGUGGGUGACACCUCCUUGCGGAUCUAUAAGUGGGUGCCUGUGACUGAACCCAAGUCAAAUGAUAUGAGCAAAAGUAAGAAGGGCAAGGAUGAAAAGUACAGGUCAGAGGUCACAACACCAGAAAACAGUUCCUCUCCUGGAAUGAUGGAAAUGCAUGAUGACAAUAGUAACCAGAGCUCCAUUGCUGACUGCUCCCCGAUGAAGCAGGAGAACAGCAACAGUGCCAGCCCUGCCCCAGAGUCCACAGUAACUUCCCAGAAUGACGUCAAAGAGGCUAAGAGUAACCAGAGCCUGUCCCCAGGCAAAGAGCAACUAAAGAGCAAUAAUGGAAAUGUUUACCCUUCUGAGUUUUCAAACACAAACACGCCCAGGAGAGAUGGAACGUCCACAGGAGGGACUAAAUCAUCAACAGAAACUCUUCAUGAUUCUCAGGAAUUCGAAGAUGACAUUCCCACAAAUAAGAAGUGCAAGUUUGAAUUUCCCUCUACAGAUUUUGACAAAAUGUAACUUAUUUUUCUACCACCACUUCCUCCGUUUUGCGGGAAAGGGGUGAAGGUUUCUGGAUUAAAUUGGAGUCACCAAGGUGAAAUAAAUCUGCUACUCUGCCUAGCUAAUCCUAUGUGAAUGCCUUCUCCAACUCUCCAAUUUGGAGAGGUUGGGCUAAAUGUGAAAGCAAAAUUUGGGUUGGUCUAUGUGUCACAGCAUUAUUAAAAUAAUGUAAUCUUUUAA